GUAAACCCGUGUUCCAACAAGUUUGGGUGAGUGUAGGAAGUAAAUUGUAUUUAGUUACUCUGAAAAAUACAUCCGGACAUAGGAUGUGAAAAGAUUUGUUUAUGAGUGUCUGGAAUUUAGCCUUGUACACAUUUGAGAGUUUUUUGUAUAUUGUCCUGAUAUAGUGGAAAUAUAAUUUUUUUCUCUCAUAUACUCUUCUUGUGUUUGUUCUCUCAUUUUUUGGUAUCAGAGCUUGGUUGCGCUGGGCAGGAGGGAUUUGUAAGUGGUAAAAGGAUAAAUUGUUAGAACCCAAGGACUGGUUAGUUUUGGCUAGAAGGCGAACAUGGGACUUCAAGAACAAAGAGGAUGGCAUGGAGACCAGGUACGAAGCGGAAUGCUGGCUUUGUGAAGUAUGGUGCAGGAACAGGACUUGAGGAGACUGGGCCAAGCCAUGGCCGACUUCCUGGGCUGGAGCUUGAAGCGGGACCAACCCACACGGUCGAACUGUGGUGGGACAUGGCCUUUGAUGGAGCUUCUGGACCGAAGGGAUGCGGGGCCGGCAUAGUCUUUACUACUCUGGAAGGGUUCAAGAUCUACCAUGCCUUGGUUUUUAACUUCAAACUUACAAACAACGAGGCGGAGUAUGAGGCACUGGCCGGCAGACUCAGAUUAGCACGAGCACUUGGUAUCAAGAGAACGAAGAUCCGGUCUGAUUCAAGCUUGGUUGUCAGACAAGUUAAUGGAGACAUGGAAGUAAAAGAAGAACGUCUUGCCCGAUACAGUGACCCGGUCCGAGCUCUCUUGAGAGAGUUGGAGGAAUUCUUUCUGAUUAGGAUACCCCGGUCAGAAAACACUGAUGCUGAUAUGCUUUCCAAGUUGAUGCAAGCUUGUCCGGAGCAUGUAUCAAAGUUGGCUAAAAUUGAGAUAUUGGACCAACUAAGUGCUGACCGGUUGGAGGUCGCGGCCGUCCAGCAAGGUCAGAGCUCAGCUGCAGGAGUGAUUGAGGCGGACGAUGAGUGGAGAUACGACCUCAUGGAAUACUUGAUGACCGGUCAGAAACCGAACAACGAAGAGCGGGCCAGAAAGGUAGUCUUGCGGGCUCCACGGUUUCAAGUUUUGGAUGGCCACUUAAACAAACGUUCUAUCGGAGGGCCUCUACUACGUUGUCUCACCAAUCCAGAGGCAGAACGGGUGAUAGCCGAGGUACACGAGGGAGUUUGUGCUGCCCAUCAGAUGUCCCGUACACUGGCCCAAAGGAUAAUCUUGCUGGGCUAUUAUUGGCCGACCAUCGUUAGAGAUUGUGAAAGGGACACACCAUUCGUGCUCACUUAUGGAUGUGAAGCCCGGUUGCCAAUCGAGGCAGAAUUCCCAACAUUUAGAGAGGUCGUGUAUCAGGCCGGUCAGAACGAGGCCAGCCACAUGGCUGAAAUGAAUCUAGUGGAGGAGCAGAGAACGAUGGCAGCUGUCAAAAUGGUCGGUUAUCACCAAUCAGUAAAGAGAUAUCAUGAUAACCGGGUAGGCCCACGUUACUUCCAAGUGCACGAUGAAGUCUUACGAAGAAGGGAUACCAGUAAGCCCAAUGAAAGAGGCAAGCUAGUGCGCAACUGGGAAGGACCAUAUCGCAUAAGGGCGAUCACCCGACCAGGCACUUAUCAGCUUGAAACCAUGGAGGGUGGACGAGUCGACCAGCAUUGGAACUCUCACCACCUGCGCAAGUUUUAAAGAUGAAGUGUAAUAUGUUCCCGGUUGUGAAAUAAAACUUGUUUAUUUCAGAAGUAUUGUUUUUAAAAUCCAGUCAGAAAUUGGUUAUAGAGCAGUCUAACCGAGUAGAUGUUCAAUCGAAUUGGACAUCCACAAAAAAAAUUAUAGCCAGCCAGCCUGGUCAAAUUAUUCGUACUGACACGAAAUCAAAUAACGUAACCAAA